CCAGAGCAUAUGCGAACCAGAUCAAAAAGGCCUUAUUUUUAGAAAAGUUAAAUAAAUUCACAAAAUUGUCAAACUCAAUGUUUGGAGUAGAGCCUAGUGUGCGUAAAUUGUACUUAUCUGUGAAACGAAACACGUGCCGUAACUAAAACACACACAGGCAGCACGGCUGUCAGCUUGUGCAGACGGACAACAACAAUAUCUACCUGAAGAAAAAAUCUACCGACCCGACCCGACUGCUCUGCUGCUUGCACAAUAAGAAAAAAGGACGACAGCGAAAAAUGGCAGAGGCAGUGGGUAUGGCGGAUCGCAUUGUCGAACCGAAGCGUUUCUUUUGCCACAUGUGCAAUGUGGAGAUUAACAUUCCAAGCGCGGACUUCACCUGUCCCCUGUGCUCAAAUGGUUUUGUUGAGGAGCUACCGGCAAACGCUCCUGAGCUGGUGGCCCCAACAGCAGGCGGCGCCACAACCAGUGCACGGGCGGGCAGCAGUGGUAGUGCCUCUUCGGGCUCCAACGACACAUUGAGUCGCGGCAGCUCGUCCAGCGGAUCGCAGUCGAAUGUGGAGGCUUUACGGAACGAUAUUGUCUCGCUGUUGAACAUGCGUAAUGUGCCCAAUUUGGAGAUCACCAUUGAGCCAAAUCGUCGACAGGCUAAUGUGCUACACGUGGGAGGAUACACACCCCUGAGUGCGGCAUCCAGUGCCGGACUGACCGCCGGCGGACGUGUGCGUCCGGCCAAUCUGGAUCGCCUGGACAACGUGCUGUUUGACUUUCUGCAAAGCCUGCCCUUGGCCGGCGCCACUGCAGAGUUUGUGACUGGACCCGGGGGCGGUGUGCCCGGCAAUUCGCACAUGUUUUUCAUGGGCAACCCCGGCGACUAUGCAUGGGGACGCGAGGGAUUGGACACGAUUGUCACCCAGAUGCUCAACCAAAUGGAGACCUCCGGCCCUCCGCCACUGUCGAGCAAUCGCAUCAAUGAAAUACCAAAUGUGCAGAUUACCUCUGAAGAGGUAGAGAAAAAGAUGCAAUGUUCGAUAUGCUGGGAUGACUUCAAAAUGGAUGAGACCGUUCGCAAGCUGCCGUGCUCGCAUCUGUACCACGAGAAUUGUAUUGUGCCGUGGCUAAAUCUGCACAGUACUUGCCCCAUUUGCCGCAAAUCGUUGGCGAAUGACGCCCACGAUGUCGAUGAGGAACAACUAGUCAUGCUCGACGGAUUUCCCGCCCAGCGAAAUGGCGCGCGGGCCAGCAGCUCCACCAUUGGAACAGGCACUGGCAACUCAACCGCAGCCAGCACUAUCGAUUCGCCCGAAAGUCCCUCGCCCAGUGAGCGUGCCCCGGCACGCAACAAUGUAUUUACCUUUGAUGACGACAAUAUGUUUCUGGACUAGCUAAAAACACGAAAUGCAAACGGUAGGAAGGAUGCGUAUAUUGAUAUUCAAAAUUAGGCCAAAUCUCUCUGGCACUGGCUCAAGAAGUGUAGCCCUUAAAUAAAAUUAAACUAAUGCAUACAUG